AUGUCAGGGAAAAGAAGAGGUAGGGAGGUGCGAAGUGGGCGUAGUGGCGGUUUGUGUCGCACAUCGAGUAGAAAUGAAAACAAAGCCGUCAGUGGUGUGGUGUGGCUCUAUUCUUUGGACAUUGGGCGGGCGUUGGGUUGUGCAGUGCAGUGCCCUGUCUGUCUGUGUCUGUCUGUCUCUGUCUCUGUGGUGUAUUAUCGAGACGGGUCGCGGGUCGUAGCCAAUCUUGUGAUUUGGAAUUGGAGUUGUUGA